AUGUCUCUUGCUCGCUGUGGGCGCCUUGCUCGCCUCUCACUUGGGAGUGUUCGCCCCGUCUCUCGCGCCGUCCCUAGAUGCAUCCCUCUCGUGCGGGGAGUAUCAUCAUUCAACCGUGAUGCCCAGCAAAAGCUUCUCUCGUCCUCCCUGAAGGAAUCGGACCCCACUGUCUUCAACAUUCUGGAGAAUGAAAAAACCCGCCAGAAGAACUUCAUUAACCUCAUCCCCUCCGAAAACUUCACAUCGCAAGCUGUUCUUGAUGCACUUGGCAGUGUUAUGCAGAACAAGUACUCCGAGGGAUACCCCGGUGCUCGAUACUACGGUGGAAACGAGCACAUUGAUGCUUCCGAGCGUCUGUGUCAGCAGCGUGCUCUGGAGACCUUCCGUCUCAACCCGGAAGAGUGGGGUGUGAACGUUCAGCCUUUGUCCGGAUCGCCCGCUAACCUCUACGCCUAUUCCGCUUUGCUCAACACUCAUGACCGCCUCAUGGGCUUGGACUUGCCCCACGGUGGUCACCUGUCCCACGGUUAUCAGACCCCCACCAAGAAGAUUUCCGCCAUCUCGAAAUACUUCGAGACCCUCCCAUACCGCCUGGACGAGUCUACCGGUCUGAUUGACUAUGAUGCAUUGGAGAAACAGGCUUUGUUGUACCGUCCCAAGCUUAUCGUGGCCGGUGCUUCUGCAUACAGCCGUCUCGUCGACUACCCCCGCAUGCGCGCGAUCGCUGAUUCGGUGGGCGCAUACCUGUUGACUGAUAUGGCCCACAUUUCCGGUCUCGUUGCGGCCGACGUGAUGCCUUCUCCCUUCCCUUACUCCGACGUGGUGACUACCACUACCCACAAGUCUCUGCGAGGUCCCCGUGGUGCUAUGAUCUUCUACCGCAAGGGUCUGCGUCGCACCGAUAAGAAGGGAAACAAGGAGAUGUACGACUUGGAGAAUCCUAUCAAUGCUUCCGUCUUCCCCGGACACCAAGGCGGUCCUCACAACCACACUAUCACCGCGCUGGCCGUGGCCCUCAAGCAGGCGCAGUCUACUGAAUUCAAGGAGUACCAGAAGGCCGUGCUUGCCAACUCCCAGGCGUUGGCUGAGCGUCUCGGUGAGUCUACCAGCAAUGGUGGUCUUGGAUAUAACAUCGUAUCCGGUGGUACCGACAACCACCUGAUCCUGGUCGACCUGAAGAACCGUGGUGUGGACGGUGCCCGUGUAGAGCGGGUGCUAGAGCUGUGUGGCGUGGCUAGCAACAAGAACACCGUGCCCGGCGAUAAGUCGGCCCUCAAGCCCGGUGGUCUGCGUAUUGGUACCCCAGCCAUGACCUCUCGUGGCUUCCAGCCCGAGGAUUUCCGCCGGGUCGCCGACAUUGUGGAUCGUGUUGUGACUUUGACACAGAAGUUAGAUAAGGCUGCCCGUGAGCAAGCGCAGACUCGCGGAGCCAAGAACCCCGGCACCCUCAAGGCAUUCUUCGAAUACUUGGGCGAGGGCGAGGAGGUGUCAGAGAUUGUCAUGCUUCGGCAGGAGGUUGAGGAUUGGGUGAGCACAUUCAGCUUGCCUUGGGUCAAGGACCAGUAG